AUGAAGAUUCAGUGCAGUGUGUGUGAAGCUUCGGAGGCGAAGGUUUUGUGUUGCGCCGACGACGCGGCGCUGUGUUGGGAAUGUGACGAGAAGGUCCAUGCCGCUAACAAGCUUGCCGGCAAGCACGAGAGAGUACCUCUUUCUUCCUCUGCCUCUCACAUGCCCAAAUGUGAUAUUUGUCAGGAAUCCUUUGGCUAUUUCUUCUGUCUAGAGGACAGGGCUUUAUUCUGCAGAAAAUGUGAUGUGGCAAUACACACAGCAAAUUCCUAUGUCUCUGCUCAUCAGAGGUUUCUGCUGGCUGGUAUAAGAGUUGGACUUGAAGCUACUGAGCCUGGUGCUUCCUCGUCUUCUGCCAAGUCACAGUCUGAGGAGAAGAUGUCAGAUACAAAAUCCUCUUCUGCCUGUAGAAGGGUUUCCUCAGUACCUGAGUCAUCUGAACACAACGAAGUUGUACCUUGCCAAGGGGGAGGAGAUGGGCAGUUUCCACCUUCUAAGGUGUCUUAUGGUGGUGGCUCAACUCCUGGAAACAUAUCAAAUUGGUCCAUGGAUGAAUUUUUUGGUUUAAAUGAAUUCAGUCAGAAUUACAAUUGCAUGAACAAUGAACCAUCCAAGGCUGGCAGUGGUAAGCCUGGGGAUUGUGAUUCUCCUGGUUUUAAAUCUGGCGAAGAGGAAAUGGACGAGGACGACGACGAUAAUGACUGUUUGGGGCGAUUUUCGGAUUCAUCUUGGAUUGUUCCUCAGAUUCCUUCCCCUCCUACAGCUUCAGGAUUAUAUUGGCCUAAAGAUACUCAAUAUACACCUGAUAAUGCUAUGUUAGAUCAUGUUCCAGACUUGUGUUUUUCUGACUCACAACAAUUCAUUAGAGCUCAGAAUCGUCGUAUUUUAUCAAGGCGACGGAGGCAACCAUAAAUCUCUCCACACCUCACUAAGUCACUAUAUGAUAAUAAACAUGUCAGGCUUUAUGAUUUUUUCUUUCUUUCUUUCUUUUUUGGGUUGUCUGUGUAAUGUGUAACCUGGUGAUGUGAGCCUUUGAAGCAUGAUAUGUCCUUCUUUUCAGGUAUUCAAGUUGAUUAGCUUCAUGUUUGUUUUCAAUUCAUCGCUGUGUCAUUUUUCUUAUUGGAGCUAUUCUAGCUCAUCAUUAUCUUCAUGAAGUUCAUGGCUGUGCCAAUUAAGAUUGGUUUUGGGGCAUUCUUACUUAAGUUCAAGAAUCCAUUAUUGCAGAUGCAUAAGGAUGGGGCUAUGUCAGUGUAUUUUUCACACCAAAACUCAGAAGGCAUUAAUAUAUUUGAUUUGAUUU